ACAGGGUCACACACAGGACCAAGCAGGAGCAGGACCUCAGCAUUUUGACCCUUUAUUACAAAUGGAGGAACACAAAGAUGAUCAAUAUUGUUUUCAAGACAGAAACUCUUCUUGCAGAAAGGCUUUGCUAUCGACAUCUAUCUACACAGCACUGUACAUCUUCUGCUCAUUGUUUUCAGCAGUUACAGUAUUUUUGAACGUACUGGUGAUCAUCUCCAUCUCUCACUUCAAGCAGCUCCACACUCCAACCAACCUGCUCAUCCUCUCUCUGGCUGUGUCAGAUCUCCUGGUGGGAGCGAUUGUGAUACCAGUAACGACUGUAGCAAUAUUGGAAUCAUGCUGGGGAUUUGGGAAAUAUUUCUGUGCUUUUCAUUUCUAUAUGGCUUUUUUAUGUACCUCUUUAUCUCUGGGCAAUUUGGUCUUGAUAUCUAUUGACCGCUAUGUUGCUGUGUGUGAUCCCUUAUUGUACCACUCUAAAAUAACAAUAACAAGAAUAAUGUGUUGUAUAUCCAUUACCUGGUUUUGUUGUAUCAUAUACCAGGCUGUUGUUAUAAAAAUAUGUAUAAAUGUACAGGUACCCAGUAGGUGUUUGAAAGAAUGUUUUACUGUAGAUGGGUCAAUCUGGGGUAAUAUAAUUGAUAUAGUAAUUACAAUGGUUGUCCCGUGCUCUAUUAUUAUAACACUUUAUAUGAAAAUCUUUGUGGUGGCCAGAUCACAGGCCAGAAAGGUAUUUUCAAAAGAGACCGCCAGUGUGUCUGGUGUUAAAACUGUACAGGCAAAUAAGUCUGAGAGAAAAGCAGCAAAAACUCUAGCUAUUGUUGUGUUCAACUAUCUCAUUUGUUGGAUUCCAUCUCUAUUUAUUUUAUUUUUUGUACAUAUUUUUAUUGACAAUUUAUUGUCAUUGUUCAUCAGUUUUCUGCCACUUGUUAAUUCCUUAAUUAAUCCAAUAAUUUAUGCUUUCUUUUAUCCAUGGUUCAAAGUGACAGCUAAACAUAUUUUAACUCUGAAGUUAAGGCGUUCAUAGUUCCUAUGUUUUUAUUCCUAAAUUUGACAAACAGGUUUGAUAUAGUGAUGUUAUACAAUUGUUGUAUUUGCUUCUUUCAUGUAACACUACACUGACAUUAGUUAUCUCAGUGUUCUCGUCAUAGAUUCAUGUGGUGUUGAUACAGAAUGAUUUAGCUGGAUUAGAAUGGAAUGACUUGGAGAAAGCAUAAGCUUAUUGUAUAAGAAUUUGUUCUUAAACUGACUUGCCUAGUUAAGUGAAAUUAUUAUUUUUUUACAAAAAUUAUAAUAGAGAUUGAAGUAAUUUUGGGUUGUAUAUUACAAAUACCAAAGUCUGUGGUUGUUCCAUGUUAUUUAAUGAAAGUCCAUUUUGAGGAUGUCAUGGAUCUUAUUGUAUGUUGUUUAACAUCACCCUCUACUGGCUUAAUUGGGACACAAUACCUCCAACAAUAUGCAUGAUAUCAGAUAAAGUCCAAGUCUAACUCAAUGGUGUAUUGUGGAAAUAGUUGAUGGUAAAAAUGAAAGAUUAUGCAAAUAUGGGUAACACUU